UAACAUUAAAUGAGUUUAAACAUGGUUGAAAUAUUAUGUAGUUAACAAAGCAACAAAUGGCGAACGUGUUCCGCGAACAACAUUGUAAAAUUACCACUAAAAUAAAAUUAUUAAAGACUACGAGUACAUAAGUCAGAUAAAGGAUUACAAUUAAGUUGUAACAUAUUAAAUAUAUAAUAUACUAAGAAACCAUGGCGCAAGAGUGGAAAAUUGAAGGAAAAAACAUACUAAUAACUGGGGGAGCUUCAGGAUUAGGAGCAGCGUAUGCUGAAGCUUUUCUAAAAUCCGGAGCAGAAAAAUUAGCCAUACUAGAUGUUGCUGAAAAAAUCGGCAAUGAUUACGCAGAAAAACUUAAUAAGACGUACAAAAACAAAGUGAUCUUCAUCAAAUGUGAUGUAAGCAAGGAAGAGGAAAUCAAAAAUUGCUUCCAAGAUGUAUUGAAUGCAUUCAAAAGAAUAGACGUCUUAAUCAACAACGCCGGGAUCAUGGAUGAUUCAACAGAUGCGUGGAGAACAGCUUCGGAUGUCAACUGGCAAGGCCUUGUCUCAUUCACAAGGAAAGGCAUAGGGCACAUGCGUAUAGUUGAAGGUGGAUCUGGCGGCACCAUUAUCAACGUUUCUUCGGUUGCUGCCAUCGUAAAAGCGGACUUUCUACCCGUAUACUGUGCGUCUAAAGCGGCUGUAUUACAUUUCGGCAGAAGCAUUUCGUCACCUGAAUUCUACGCUAACACUGGUGUUCGCAUACUGACGAUAUGUUUUGGAGCAACAUCUACACCACUUUUAAACAACCUUCAAUCCCGGUUUAUUGAGCAAAAGUUUACAAACAUGCUAAACCCGACCUCUCCACUCCAAGAACAAAGCGUUGACUCUGCAGUAAAAGCCGUUCUGAAAAUGUUCCUCGAAGGUAAACCCGGAUCAGUGUGGUUGUCACAAUUCAACGAGCCGGGACAGGAUAUAACAGCAAUUUUGGACGAAGCCUACAAGCCAUUAGAGAAACUCACGCUACCUAGCGAAAUAACUGAUGCUACCCAGAUUUCUAAAUAAUAGAAAAUAAAAUAAUAUAAGCU